CAUCAAUAUGCCAACGAACCUCGACAUUCCACCCGCCCGCUACGGCCACGAACUCUACACCCUCACUCCACACACCCCCGACACAAUCCAAUCCCAAUGCAAAAAAAUAACCACCCACAUUCAAUCCACGGCCAUUCCAACGGGUAUACUCGUCGGACGAGGUGUUAAUGAGCAUUUACGUUGGUACACGCCUCAUACACCAUCAACGGUAGUGGAGUUUGGGGUUUUGUAUAUCCCGUGUGAUGUCUUUGGUGGUGCAUUCUCCUCCCCUCCAUCACAACAAUCAACAUUACACAAUGAUAUUCCACUGCACAUUUGGGGAUCCAUAACCCAUCCAACACUCUUAACACACCUCCCCACCACAUCCUUCCAUUCCCUCCUAUUCGACUACUCCACAUGGCGAUACAUGACACUCUCACCAACCGUGCUAAAACACUGGCACACCAUUCUGGUUGAAGAAGGGUGGAUUGGGUUUGAUGCCUAUGUCGCCAGUGUGCGUGCGGGGAAUGAGGUUGGAUACGAGUGGGAGAAUCCGACGCAUUUGGUUUUACCUUGUGAGGAUGUCAAGGUGUUUAUCAAAAAGAGGGGCUUGUUGGUGAAUCAGAGGCAGAUUGUGUCGGCGCCACUAAAAGGACAUGAACAGAUGGAUCGUCAUCCAUACUUGGACACGUUAAAGGAAUUGUAUGAACGGGUGUUUGUUGGGAGUGGGUUAUUUGACAAGGUUGUGUUGAGACGGGAUGCCUACCCUGUUCAGACGAGAGGUCAUAUUGGGGUGUGGUUCCAGGUUUUCAAGAAGAAAAGUGGGUUGCAAACAUGAAAGAGCAUCUCCCGUCCCUCACAAACAGCAGAAUUACAGAAUUUAUACAUUAAAAAAAACAGACACACAGAGAAGAGAGAAAAUUACAUAAAACAAAAAGCCCAUAGUGAAAACCCCCAAAAAGCCGGACAAAACAUUGGGAACCUUGAUAAUCCGUAAAUCCCCUUCCAAAACAACAACAACAAGAAAC